CGCCACCGUCUGCGUUAGUUUCUCUACUGCAGAGGAUCCGGUUCCACGGGGAACAACACCGGAAAACCCGACGGAUGGAAGACCCCGCCGCCGCUUCAACCCCGUCCCCGUCCCCCGAUCCGCCGGCGCCACCGGACAACCAAUCCCCGUCGCACUCCUCCCCCUCCGCGCCUUCUCCGGCCGCAGCGGCGCCUCCCGGUCCCGGGCCGAGGGAGCUGGCGGCGGCGAUGGAGGCCGUGGAGCGGGAUGCCGCCGCCAUCGCCGACAGCUACGCCUCCCUCUUCGCCUCUCUCCGCGUCGCCCUCUCCAACGUCACCUCGACAUCGGCGGAGAACAUGGACUGCUUGGGAGAUGUCGUCGGCCGCCUCCAAGAAUCGGCACUGGAAGCUUCUUCUAAAGGAAAUAAGUACAUCAAUUCUUGUCUCAGGUUGAAUGAGGAAAUGAGAGGCCUGGAAAGCCUAGCCAUGCAAUUAAAGAUAUUACGGAAGAAUGUUGAUUCACUAGACUUGGCUGUCAACCAGUUGCUCCGCCUCCCCUAGUCAAUUACUAUUACCCAGUAGGCAAUAACUAAUACAAGGAACAUGUAAUGAAAUUGUUUCAGUAUCUAACUCUAAGCAUCACGACUCAGGCUCCAAGACGGCAAAAUGCAUUAAAUCUGAAAAGGCAUGCGCGAGCAAAGGAGAAGAUUAUCCUUCCGUGACAUUAUGCAAUAGUGCAUUCAGUGUUUCACUUCAUUUCCUCUCCUAUAUGUGUGCCAUAUUUGUAAAGCUAAUUGUUCAUUUCAACCCAUGGUGACAACAUUCUCUGCAAGGGGCAGGACAAUUAAUUCUAAAGACUUUCUUCCUCUGUUUGUUAUACUUUUACCUUAACAUCAUUAGGAAAAAAGGCAAUAAAGUUAUCUUUUAUCAUUCCUUU